AUGAAAAUUGAGGCUUUGGAAAAUGUGCUUUUAACGUUUGACCGUGUUCAACAUACGCUUAUAAAACUGUUGGAGAACAUAUGUGCUGAAUAUUUGAAUAAUUAA